CCUCCUCGGGGAGAGCACGCGCCGCCGCAGUAGCUGGGGCCUCCAGCGGCCGGGGAGGAAGCUGCUUGCGGGAGCCUCUGGGACGUACGGGCCGAGCCGGUCGCUGGUUGGUGCUUGGACCUCGGCCGCGGCGGCGGGUCCCUCCACGUGCUUUCGGCGGCGACAUGGAGCUGGAGGAGUUGGGGAUCCGAGAGGAAUGUGGCGUGUUCGGGUGCAUCGCCUCAGGAGAGUGGCCCACUCAGCUGGACGUGCCGCAUGUGAUCACUCUGGGACUCGUGGGGCUGCAGCACCGGGGUCAGGAGAGUGCUGGUAUCGUGACCAGUGAUGGGAAUUCAGUACCAACAUUCAAAACGCAUAAGGGAAUGUUUUUAAAUCACGUUUUUACUGGAGACAAUUUGAAGAUUUAUGUUUCAAAUCUUGGAAUUGGACACAAGUAUGCCACUACAGGAAAAUGUGAAUAAAAUUGUCAGCCCUUUGGUGAAACACUUCAUGGGAAAAUAGCUGUGGCACACAAUGGCGAAUUGGUAAAUGCUGCUCGAUUAAGGAAAAAGCUUCUGCGACAUGGUGUUGGUCUGUCAACAAGUUCUGAUAGUGAAAUGAUUACCCAGUUACUAGCAUAUACCCCUCCACAAGAACGAGAUGACACUCCAGACUGGGUAGCAAGGAUUAAAAACUUAAUGAAGGAAGCACCCACAGCAUACUCCCUGCUUAUAAUGCACAGAGAUGUUAUUUAUGCAGUACGAGAUCCUUAUGGAAAUCGUCCUCUAUGUAUUGGUCGUCUUAUUCCAGUAUCUGAUAUAAAUGAGAAAGAAAGAGAGAUAUCAUCAGCAUUAAGGACUGGUUUAUUAAAAGUCUUCUUUCUUUAUUUCCCAAGAUAUUACCGUGAAGUCUUGCCUGGAGAAAUCGUGGAAAUAUCCAGACAUAAUGUGCGAACUCUUGAUAUUGUAUCAAGGUCUGAAGGAAACCCAGUGGCUUUUUGUAUAUUUGAAUAUGUUUAUUUUGCAAGACCAGAUAGUAUAUUUGAAGACCAAAUGGUUUAUACAGUAAGGUACCGCUGUGGUCAGCAGCUGGCGAUUGAAGCACCCGUGGAUGCGGAUUUGGUUAGCACUGUUCCGGAAUCUGCUACACCUGCUGCUCUUGGUUAUGCAGGAAAGUGUGGACUUCCAUAUGUGGAGGUGCGUGUAAAAACGAUACGUAGGAGAACCUUCAUUCAGCCCAACAUGAGGUUAAGACAAUUGGUGUUGCAAAAAAUGUGAGUAUUGUCAGACACUUUAGGCAAAAGAAUUGUUCUUAUAGAUGAUUCAAUUGUGAGAGGCAAUACCAUCUCACCUAUAAAAUUGCUCAAAGAAUCUGGUGCAAAAGAGGUACACAUUCGAGUAGCCUCACCACCAAUUAGAUAUCCAUGCUUCAUGGGAAUAAACAUUCCCACAAAAGAAGAGCUCAUUGCCAAUAAACCAGAAUUCGAUCAUCUUGCAGAAUAUCUAGGAGCAAACAGCGUUAUAUAUCUGUCAGUAGAAGGAUUGGUUUCAUCUGUACAAGAAGGGAUAAAUUAAAAGCGAAGUGGAAGGCAAGAUAUUAUGAUUCAAGAAAAGAAAUGGUCUGGAAGUUUUGAAAAGAAAGGUCAUUGUACAGCUUGUCUCACUGAAUACCCUGUAGAAUUGGAAUGGUAG